AUCCCCUCCCCCUCCCGCUCCGCUGUUGUUGCAACGUUCCACCCGCCGCCCGCCGACGUUCCAAAGCAGGCCGCGGACGUUCCAUCGGGCGGAGAGAGAGAGAGAGAAAGAGGGAGCUGCGCCUUGCCGAGCCCGUCGUCCUUCCUCCUCCUCCUCCUCCCUGCCGCGGCUUUCCCACGCUUCCCCCCCUCACGUGUCCCGGGCUCCCAGCUGGGGAAAGAAGGAAGGAGGGAGGGAGAAAGAGAGAGAGAGAGAGAGAAGCGCUCUCGCUGCUCGCUCUUUCCUUCUCACAUGACCCGAGUGUUUGUCCCCGUGAUCAGCGCCUCGGCUCCCGUGUCUCCUCCGCGUCCCCUCUACCUCCAUCCGGCGUGAGAUUUAAAAACUCGUCCCCUCCUUCUCCUGCUUCCCUUCCCCCCCACCCGUCCCUUUUGGGGGCUCCCCCUCCCUCCCCUCUUCCCCCCCCUUCCCCUUCCCCUCUCCCCCCCCCCUCCAUGGACAUGCUGGAACCCGGUCUGGAUACAGCCACCGCCUCCGCUGCUUCCAGCCACGAGAAAGAUCAAGAAAGUGAAGAUGGAGUUGAGCUACGAGAAGGGGACUGCACAAAUGCAGACGAACAGACAGCAGUGGCCAUUGCCAGUGUCCAGCAAGCAGCCUUUGCAGACCAUAAUAUCCAGUAUCAGUUUCGAACAGAGAACAAUGGAGGACAGGUGACAUACAGAGUCGUUCAGGUGACGGACAGUCAACUGGAUGGACAAACGGAUGCAACGGGGGCCGUUAGCGUCGUCUCGACUGCCGCUUUCAGCAGUGGCCAGCAAGCGGUUGCUCAGGCGGUGAUUCAGAACCCUUUCAGUAAUGGUGGGAGUCCAGCCACGGAUGCUGUCAGCGGCGAAGCCCGGUUUGCAUACUUCCCUGCCUCCACAGUGGGGGAUGCCACGGCAGUUUCCGUACAGACGACCGAUCAGUCGCUGACACAAGCUGGAGGUCAGUUCUACGUGAUGAUGACGCCCCAAGACGUGUUGCAGACCGGGACGCAACGUACCUUAGCUCCCCGCACCCACCCCUAUUCCCCGAAAAUGGACGGGCCGCGGACGCCACGAGAUGAGAGGCGAAGAGCUCAGCACAAUGAAGUUGAACGGAGGAGGCGGGACAAGAUCAACAAUUGGAUCGUACAGCUGUCAAAAAUCAUUCCAGACUGCAAUACAGACAACACCAAGACAGGGGCGAGCAAAGGGGGCAUCCUCUCCAAAGCCUGCGACUACAUCCGGGAGCUGCGCCAGACGAAUCAGCGUAUGCAGGAGACGUUCAAGGAAGCCGAGAGGCUUCAGAUGGACAAUGACCUCCUACGGCAACAGAUUGAGCAGAUGAAGAACGAAAAUACCCUUUUGAGAGGACAGCUUCAACAACACGGGAUCGAAAUGGUGGGCGACAACCCAGGGCAGUAGCCCCCACCCCGCCCCACCCCUUUCCUUCGUCUCUGCCGACAUGCCGAAUCUCAGCCUCUUCCCAAUUUGUGAAACUGUGGCCUCUGGAUGAACCUUGCCUCCUUGCUUUGCGUUUGAGGACCGGGAGGGAGGGAUAUGUGGGGAGGGGGCAGGAGGGAGGAGGUACAGAGGAGACUUGGGGAGGGGGGGGGGGGCUUUUCUACCCCAUACCUUGCUACAGCCCUAAAAGGUGGCCUCUGGCUUUCUUCCCACCAGGUGCAUCUUUAUCCUUUCUCUCUGCCCUCCCUCUCUUUCUUUCCCUCCUGGGAUGUACUAAGAUUCAACAGACGAAAAAAAAAACCUGCAUUUUUUUUUUACACUAGGUUUUUAACACGGGUUCACUGACUUCCGUCACCCUUUUCCUGGAUGGGAAGUCGAGGUGGUGUUGGGGUGGGGUGGAGGGAAGCACACACCCAUCUUGGCUGUUUUAAAAGGAAAAAAAAAAGAACUGCUAGAUUUUUUCUUCCUUCCUUCCUUCCUUCCUUUCUUUCUUUCUUUCUUUCUUUCUUUCUUUCUUUCACGUCUCUUCUGCAUGUUUUCGGCAUCUUGCUUCAAGUGGAGGGGGGGCUGUUCUAUUUGGGCGCACGACUACAGCCCCCCCACCCACCCCCAGGGCGUAGUGUCACAGGUAUGUCUGGUUGAAACGGAAGAAAAUACCGCGGUUCAGGUUGACACAAACACUCACACAUGCGUAGCCAGUUCGUUUGAACACAGCCUGCAGACAGGGUGUGUGUGUGCACUGUUUUACGACGAGGUUGGACACGGCCUGACGUGGGAAAAGAGAAGAAGAAGAAAAACGUUUGCAUUUGCAGGCAAUUUUUUUUUUCAUUAUGCCAAACAGAAUUCUAUCUCACUUUCUGGGGACUUGCAAAUCAAACCCACGGGAUUUUUAGAUGCAUAUUUUGUCACGCAGAGAAGCCGUCUGAUGCUGAAUUUCUGCCUUCUUUUUUGUUUUCCCCGCUUCGUCCUCGUAACUUGAGUCACGACAGUUCUUCGAACCAUUGUCUCACAUUUCUUUUCUUUCCACUGGCCAGAACCACCCUAAAAGUUCACUUUCCUUUCCCAUCCUUGUCUCUGUCUCUCUUCCCCCCUCCCUUCUCUCUCUUGUAAGUAAUCUUUAUUUUAUUAGUUUAAAAGGCGCGUUUGUAUAGAGGUACGGUGUUUGUAUGAUAGCUGAAUCCCAGGUUGUUAGGAAAGGCCAAUAGUGGUGGGUCGAAUGACAAACAGGGUUGCUUUUUGUGUGUGUGUGCGUGUGCGUGUUUUUUGAUAUUAUAUAAUUUUUUAAUUAAACUUCAGCAGUGUUUUAGGAUUUCAGGUUUAAAACAAAAAACAAAAAAAUCAGGAGAUGAGGUUUGUUUUUUUUUUUAAAGAAAAAAAAAGGAAAUCUCUAUUUUGUGUCCUUCCCUUCUACCCACUUCUGAACAGAAUUUUUUUUAAAUAAAAAAAACAAACAGAACAAUAAAUGGUUCCUAAAAUGGUAAAAUA